GCAACGGUGAACAUGACGAAACGGCAUCGCGGAGGACAGACGCACAAACUAGACUGAGAGACGGACAGACAGUCAGGUCCCCCCCUCUCCUCUCCUCUCCUCUCCUCCUGUCCUCCUCCUCCUCCUCCUCCUUUGACACACACACAAACACACACACACACACACUCAGAGGUGCUUGGCACACAUGAACACACAUGCACCUCAUUCACUUUUUUGCAAACACGCAGGCUGCGCAUCUGUAACUGGGCAGCAGCAGCAGCAGCAGCAGCAGCAGCAGCAGCAGCAGCAGCAGAUGAGAGGGCAUCAUCCACCAGUGCGUGUCCAGCAGCCUGACCACGAACCACUGUGACCCCGACGGAGAGGAGUUCUACUGGACAGGAUGGGGGGAGUAAGUGAAGGAGAUGAUGUGUUGGCUCGAUGGAGUGAUGGACUACUGUACCUCGGCAAUGUGAAAAGAGUGGACGGAGUCAAGCAAUGUUGUCUGGUGAGGUUUGAGGACAACUCCGAGUUCUGGGUGCUGAGGAAGGACAUUCACACGUUUGCUGCUGGAGUGGAAGAAGUUUGCUGUAUUUGCGACGCUCCGCCUCUUAAAGAACCCCUCAUAAAUUGUCUCAAAUGUCGCCACGGUUUUCAUCCAGAGUGCCACACGCCAGCCAUUGAACCGGAAGCCGACAGCGAUUCGUGGAUAUGUCGGCAGUGCGUCUUUGCCGUCGCAACCAAGAGAGGCGGGGCCCUCAAGCGGGGACGCUUCGCCCGACUCAUGCAGUUCAUGAAACUCCGACUCCCGUACCAGCUGUCGUCUUUGGACUGGGACCCGCAGCAUCUGACCAAUCAGCAACAGUGUUACUGCUACUGUGCCGGACCUGGAGAGUGGAACCUAAAGAUGCUGCAGUGUGGAAGCUGUGGUCAGUGGUUCCACGAGGCCUGUACACAGUGUCUGACCAAGCCUUUACUGUAUGGAGACAGAUUUUACCAGUUCCAGUGUUCUGUGUGUACAAAGGGACCGGAGACGAUCCAAAGACUUCCCAUGACCUGGGUGGAUUUGGCUCACUUAGUGCUCUACCAUCUCUCACUGUGCUGCAAGAGGAAGUACUUUGAUUUUGACCAUGAAAUCCUGUCCUUCACCAAUGAGAACUGGGACUCGUUGCUCCUGGGCGCGCUCUCCGACACGCCGAAGCAGGACCGCUGUCACAAUCUCCUCAACGCUCUGAACUCUCACAAGGACAGAUUUGUAUCCGGCAAGGAGAUCAAGAAGAAGAAGUGUCUUUUCGGGCUGCAGGUCCGAGCUCCGCCUCCGCUGACGUCCGACUCGUCUCCGCUCAUCACCGAGCCGCCUAUCAACAUCACACACAGGAGAAGCCCGCUGUCACUGCCCUGCCAGAGGAGAGUGACGGGGUCCGAGUCGCGUAAAUCAAAGCGACGGAUCAUAGAGACACAGGCUUGUCCACCUCCAGUCCCUGCCAACCCCAUUGAGCUGCUGCCAUGUUGCCAUGGUUAUAUGGGAGGGGCCAACCUUUACAACUCCAGGAAGUCAGAGGAGGAGCUUAGUCUGAGCUCUGCCCCCAAGCGGAUGUACGGCUGCUACCACAGCUCUUACAAUGGAAACGCUGCACUGUCCAGGACUCUCCAUCACUACAACAGCAUGGAGGACACUUGCAGGUUACCACCACCCUGCCUCCCGUACCCCCUCAGCUCCAAUGGCAGCCAUCACCACCACCACCACCAUCACCUCCAUCAGCACCAUCACAACCACCAACACCAGCUACAACACCAGCCGGGGCAGAAGCAGCUGGAGCCCCUCAUCCUGCGCGACCUGCCUCCUUACCAGGACGGCAUGGGCGGAGGUGGCGGUGUAGAAGGAGGAGGAGGUGGUGGCGGAGGAGGAGGAGGAGGUGGAGGGGGGGGGGUGGGAGUCGGAGGUGGCAGUGGGACAGUGGCCAGGAGCUGGGGCGGAGGGGAGGCUGUGAGGAUCUUGGCGAGACGCGUGACACCAGAUGGGAAGGUUCAGUACCUGGUGGAGUGGGAGAACGUGGGUUUGUACUGAGGCGAGGAGAGAAAACGGGGAAACGCUCAGACUGUUCUGCAGUUGCCACUGUAAUACUGUGUAUGUGAUAUGUGGCAGUGUUUAAAGUACAAGCAAAACACACACACACACACACACUUCCCCACACGUCACAAAAUCCAGGUUGUUCUAAUAGUAUCACCUCUAUACUGCAUCACUGUAACCUCACUACUUGUUACUAAAUGUCCCUCUUUGCUAGUGGUUCUCUGAUAUUUGUACUGUUAACUUUGGAAUAUGCCUUUGCAUUUAUCAUGUUUUACAGUCAUGAGAGAAAAUGUUAAAACUCCUCCUCGCGAUUUGUCGUUUUGGUUUUCGCAGAAUAGAAAAAAAAAACGCCUCGUCUUCAUCGAGAGAAGUGUGGAUUAAUAACGUUGUGUGGAAAGUUGCAGCUAAAUUUAUAAUUAGUUAACACAAAGACACUAAGUUACCAUUAACCGCCAGGAUAGACAACAUGGACUGUAUCUAAAAAUGGACGUGGGGAACAAUGAAGCCAAUGCUGAAGCUCUGAAACUUGCAUUAUCGUGAAUUGCCAUUAGAGGGCAGCUAUGUUGCUGGUUUAUGUGCAAGUCAAUAAAAAAAUUGAUUGGUAAACAUUUACCCUAAGGAAUUAAUGUCUCAAUCACUGGUUUCAGGUCAUUCAAUUCACGUAGGACAUCCAUUUUGUAAAAUAUGGUUCCGUUCAGUCAAAAUGACCAUAGAGCACAUGUAUUGUGGGUGUGGACACUGUCUGGCUCCACCCCCUCUAUUCCAAAUAUGGUUACUUGUAAAAAGAAGGUGCAGCCCAACAAAAACCCAACAAAAUUGCAACUUCUAAUGACAGUUCGCGAAAGAUAACGGCUAACAUCAUAAUGGGCUGUUCUAACAUGGCGUUAAUGGUGUUGAGACAUUAAAAUCAAUCAAAUUUCAAUGAAAAUGUAACCAUCGAUCCGUCGUCACCUAAAGAACUUCAGUGGAGAGACACCCAACUUUGUUUUACACACUUAGCUAAACUUUUUUUCUUGUUUACAAAAAACACAUUUUGUCAACCAAAGUUAAGUCUUAAGUCAUUUUCCAACCCGAGUGCGUCUUCUGUUUGGUGGGCGUCUCACUUUGUUCCACAUUGUCACCUUCCUCAAAGAUUAGCCUAAAAUACUCGUCGGCUACGUCACAAUCGAACGUUAAUGCUGCGUCUGCACUGGGAGUGACGUCGCCCCUGAGUUUACCACAUUCCAGUUGAGUCUCAAAGUCAGAAAGCAGCGUAGCAGUGGAACAGGUCUUACGGAUAAAAAUGAAACGGUACCAUGUGUACGGCUGAUUUACUGUGAAACUAAUUGGACACAAGUGCUAUUGAAGGUAAAAAAAAGGACAUUGUUUUUAUGGCGAAGUUGGGAAUUCAAGUUCAGGGGACAUUCCCACCAAGUUCCAACUAAAAAAAUGGAACACACCAUACAGAAACCUGAAUAAAUGUCACUUUAUCUCACUGCGACUCCAAAAACAACAAAUCCUUUGGAGGUGUUUUUGCACAUUUUCUCAUCACGGUAUGUUAAUAAAAAGAUUGUAUACACGUUAAUGCCAGAUUACUGAUUUGUUAGAUUUUGUCAUACAUAAUUUACAUUAAGACUAUUAUACGUAUUAGACAUAGGAGCCACCAGAGGGCUUUUGUUUUAUAGAUAUAAUUAUAUAUUCACAAUAUAUUGCUAUGUUCUGAAAACUUUUAUUUGAUUUCAUUUUCGACGUGGUUGCAUAGUGCCUAUACGGGAGUUUACGUACCUGACGGACGACUGACGCAAUCUUUGCCACAAAGGACAUAAACGACGACCAGGUAUAAGAGGACUGUGAUUGAACUGUACAUUCCAAACUAUCAACAAACAAAAAAUACUGUGUGUGUGUCACUGAAACGUGUGUUUGAAGUCAUCAGGAUGGAGUUUUAUUUUGAAAGGAUGCCUUUUUUUGGGGGGAUUUUCACGAUGUCAUAAAGAGUCAAAGACCGUUGUUGUCAAAGUCACAGUACAGACGGCGUGAGACCUGAUCCAUCCUGAGUGAUCGGAUCACAUGGAGAUCAUGUUAAGACCAGGUCUAAAGAGUCCCAAUGAGUCCUGAAUGCGUCCUCAGGCCCAAUCACAAAAAAGCCCAGAGUUGGCAGUAGUUUGAGGACGCCUGCCCACAUUCCUGAGCUGCUUGAACGCAAUCUGUCCGUAUUCUUCCGGUUCUCCCGAGGACGCCAGUGCAGAAGUCAAAAUAUAUUGGAUAGCCACCGGGGGGCGACUCUACUGGCUGCAAAAAGAACCCAGUCUGGGAAGUCAAAGCUUCUACUUGAUUUAAAACAACAGUCAACAUUUCCCUGAUGAGUUAACGGUCUCAGCUUUUAGUUUCAGCGCUUCCUCUUUCAAACGUGAUGUCAAUUUAGUAAAUUAUGUUCCCGUUUAGAGGGGAAACGCGGCACAAUUACGGCGACGGUGGUGUUCAGGAUGGUUUUUUUACACUUAUCGGCACCAACAUGUGGAUUUAUUGGUCGCUAUCACACUGAACGUCCUCUCAUCUUUUCUUUUUUUUUUUAAAUUGUUUUAAAAAUCUGACAAACAGUCAGACAUUAUUUUGUUUGCGAAAACAUACACGAUAUCAGCUCCACAGCUUAUGUGGUGAAAAGGACACGUAUCCAGGACGCAUUUUAACGCCGGGUGUGAACAGUCUACAUGUGAUUGGAUUAAUGAGGAUGUUUUUUUGUUGAUGCCUUCUAUUUACAUCGGACGUCCGAGUGACAUCACCUCAGAACUUUCUUUGUUCCAGUUGUAAAUUUGGGGGAAAAAAACAUGGACGUACCAACGUAUCUUGGGCUAGCUAUUGUUAGCAAUAGCCUAGCAGUAGACAAGGCUCUCUUUAGAGUAUUUUGUUGACAAAAACACUGUAGAAACAUGUCUACAGUGAAGAGUAGUAUGUGCACGACUGACUUAGCGUGAAACAAACAAGAUAGAAGUGGAAUUUACAGCAAAAGUAAAAGAAUGUUUUUAAUAUUCACGUUAGCGGCAGCCAUCUUAGAAUCCUGUGUUUAAGAGGUGCUACCACUUUAUAACUGAAGGGAGCCACGAUUUGUUGUACUGUUUAGUUUUUAUCCGACGUGUUAUGUACAGGUUUUUAUCUAGUCCUCUAUGUUUGAGUCCAUGUUUUUUUUUCAGCUCUGAGGUGACGUCACUUCCAGUUCUGACUUCGGAUAUAAAUGGAACACACCUUAAAACAAAGUCCGCGUCCAAACUCAAAUUUAACACAUUUUAACGGUACAACAAGGCUGUGGCUUAUCCUGAAUUUAUUUUAUUUUUUUCUUUGGCAGCGGCGAGUGGACGGCGCUGGCGUUGUGUAUAAAGGUGACACGCGUAAAUCUAGAAAACUGUGGUGCGAGUUUCAGAGUUUAUAUUUUAUACAGAGGUUUAUUUCAGUGAAUCUGUUCGAUAAAAACUUACACGACAUAUACUGUGCAUUUGUCACUUUUAUCUCCGGAGCGAGAGAGGGACUGUAUCUCACUAAAAAAACAAAAAAAACAAGACAAACACAGCAUUUAUAUGGUUAUUCCAACCGACACAUACCUCUCAGAUGUUAUUUAAACACGGACCUCUCUGUUGAACGUUUCAGGCCAGUGAAUUGAUCACAUUUUAAAUUCAGUCAUCAUCCUCAGAGGCUACUUAGCUCAUUAGGAAGGGGUGUGUUGUCGACACCUUUCUAGGCGAUGGUGAUGAAUGUAUUUGUGUGUUUUCUAUGGUAUGUCUAUACCCGUCAAGUGCUUGUUAUACAGUAGGUUAUACCCUAGGUGGAGCUCAACUAGUUUAAAACACAAACGGGAGGAAUAAAUCAUAAUUACAAAAAAUAAAGAAAUAAAAAGGCCAACGUGAAGGAAGAGACUUUAUUUUGGGAGAGGUCGUCUUCUUUUUUCCGAUUAGUGGUCGAGUCCAAGCUCAAUUUAAUGUAUUUUUUGAAAGAAUUAUGUUUGUACAUGUAUACUCUGCAUUGACACACCUAAUA